GCGCGCACAAUAAUUUUGAGCAAACAUUGGGAGCAUGCUUUCGUAGUGAACGCCCUUCUCCUGGUUGAACUGGAAUUCCCAUGGCUUCACAGCGAUGCCCUCACAAUGGCAGUCAUCAUAUGCAUCACUGCCCUCACUGUCCCCUCCGCCGUCACUGCCUCCAUUGCCCUCUCCACAACCCUCACUUUCACCUCUCCACUCUCUCACCUCUCCACACGCAUCCCAAUUCUUCCACAAUUCCUCAUUACAAUCAAAUACCCCUCACUUCUCUCCCUCAAAUUUCACAAGAGCUGAAGCCUACAGAGCUAGAUGGUGAGGAAGCGGAUGAUGAACCAGUGUUUGUUCUAACUGAUGAAUGGAGGGAAUUCUUUGCAAAAUCUGAAGCUAGGAGAAAACUAGAGAAGAAGCAAGACAAGAAGGGAAAGAAGUAACUAUAGAGAGAAAAAUUUGCUUACAAUUACUGUAUGGGGAAUCAAGAGGUCUGAUGACAAUCCUGCCCUUGAAAAUGUAAUUUCUUUCGUGCCAGAGGAGUAUCGAUAAUCAUGGUUUACUCGCAAUGUAUUACAAGAAGGAAAUCUUCUCUGCACUUGUUAAAAUGAUGAAAUACUUACUAAUAUCUGUAGUUCAUUUUUUGUUUGUUGGAUCAUGUUAUUUUAUAAAUUUCAUUAACAAAAGACUAAUCCGUAGAUAUAUGUUUACAAGAAAAUGUCAAAAAAGUGUGCUAGUAUUUCUGUAUUUGUUC